AUGGAUAGAGUUAUAAUAAUCAAAAGUAAUAAUAAACUCAUUAUCAAGUUCUGGAACUGCAAGCAGUAAAAGUUAAAGUUCUUGAAAGUUAAAGAAGCAUAUGAAGUAUUAUCAAACUAAUAAUCAAAGCUUACGUAUGAUAAUUUAAUAGGAAAUACAUUUGGCUAGGAAUACUAUGACUUUGAAGAGCCAAAGCAGAGUCAAAAUGAUAAGGCCUAUAAUGAGUAAAGAGAAUUAGAGUUUGAAAGAAUCAGACAAAAAAUAAUAUCAAGAACUGAGAUCGAAAAGGAACUUAAGAGGCGAGAAAAUCUUGAGAAAGAAAAACAAAUAGAGCUUAAGAGAUAAGAAGAUAAUAAAAAGCGUGAAGAAAUGAGAAAAUAGGCUUUGGAAUAGUAAAAAGAAUAGUGGCAGUAAAUGAAAGAGAUUUUUGAUAAUUACUAGCAGGAUGAUAUGCAGUACUUAAAGCACCAAUAGGCAUAGAAUAGGCUAUUUGAGAUGAAUUAUAUAGAGAGACAUUUAUAAUAGGAGCAAAGCAAUGAAAAUCAAAGAUAGAUAGAGGAGCUUUAUUUGCAGGAUUACUAAAAUAGGAUAAGGUUUUAAGAACGACAUAAAAAGGAGUAUGAAAAGUUAAGAAAAUGGAAUAGUCUCAUUAAAGAUAUUGAAACCAAGACUGAAAAAUAGAAUUCAAAACAGAUAAACUAGACUGAAAGCACAAUUAUUGUUGGGGCUAUCAUUGGAUUAAUAGUUGUAGCAUUCUUAUCAUAUCCUCUCUUAAUAUCUAAUAAAGAUGGAAAAUAGUAAUCAUCUAAUAAUAAAUCAGAAGAUUAUUCAAAGAUGAGAACUUAAGUAUUAAUUCCAUAUGAAGCAGCUAAAUCAGAUCCAGUAUGGUUAGUUAAAAAGCAUGCUAAUUAAAAACUGACACCAUUGGAAACUGAAAUGUAUUUGAAUUUCAUUAGAGAUUAGGAGUUGAAGUUGUUCUGGAGUGGAAAGAAAUGGGAUGGGUUGCCGAGUCCAUACAUGAUAGCUUAGAUUAUCCAGAGAUAUCAUCAAGCUAAAUCAUUUUGCAUGACUUCUUUUCUUAGUUGUUCCUUGGACUAUAACAGAGAGGUUUACUUUGGAAUCCAGGAUGAGUGUGGCUCAAUAAAUCCAUUUCAAAUUUGGCAUGAAGCUUUCAAUGAAAGAAGAUCAAUACCGAUUGUAUAGCAAUUUAUGGACCAAUAUGAGAUUCCUUUGUUUCAAAAUAUUGGGAACUCUAGAGAAAGUAUUAACGCAUUUUUCUAGGCUAAAUAUGGUAUGUUUACCUGCAUUGAUUCAACGUAUAAUGUGGGCUAAAUUGAUUUUGACCCAGAACUUGUUAUCUUUUGGGAGCGAUAAAGAAAGAAUACUAAGUUUAUUUGGUACCUCUCAAUGCUCUACGCAAUAAGAUGCGGGAAAGUGACUGAGAAGCAACUUGAACCAUUUAAGAAGGACUUAAAGUAGACCAAGCGUUAUUUGAAGUAUAUAAAGAAUAACCCCAAGCAUUAAGAUAACUUAGUGACAUAAAUGAUAUAUGAAUCUGCUCCUCAAAUGAUGGAAAAGAUGAAUAAUGAUAAAAGAGUGCUAGAAAGAACUCCAAGAGAACUAGAGCAUUUAGUGGUGUUGCUGGAUGAUGAUUAAUUAAAUGAAGAAGUAAUCAAGUACGUUGAGAAACAGCUGGCUGCUUAGAAAUUAAGUUGA